UUUUAAUUAGAUCUUACUCCAGUUUACGUGUAAAAAUCUUUUAUGUUCAAUUGAGUUAUAGAUACACCAUAUCUUUAUACGCUGAUUUCCUACCUUCUCCAUUCUUCAGCGCCCUUAGAAUAAACGUUCAUCGUCACGUAAUAGUUUCUUUGUGCUGAAUGUGAGCUAUUCAACAUGGAUGAAAGUGAUUUGCUCCCGCGACGACACGCUGAACGUGUCAACAUGUCGACCGAUCAGCUCAACGACACGGCAGAAGAUGUCAACUUAUCGCUCAACGAUACCACUGAAUUUGAUCUCGACCUAACAGACACCACUGACAGUGACUUGAAUCCUGAUAAUUGUCGUUUCAACCCCGAAACAGAUCUUCCUAGCCCUUACCUUGGUUCACUAGGUACUGGUAUUGGAAACAUCAUUGAGAAUAUCUUUGCCAAAGAAGAAGAGAGCUCAUCAACAGCUGGACGCAAAUUGGAUAGCAGCGUUGUGGAUCCAACUGCUAAAGGAAUCGAAGCCACGAUAGAUGAUGUCGCCUUGUAUGUUCCAGUGAAAGAAGCCGCAGCCAGCCAUUAUAAUGUCUUGGUGCCUGCUUCCGACUUAUCUAAUUCUCCGGACAGUAGCCGGGACACGACCCAACCGUCCGCAUCUCCGUCAGCCUCUCAUUCGCACACGUCCGCAACAGCGUCUGUGUCGCAUCUACUGACUCCGACCGUCUCCCCGACCUCCGCAGUUUUCCCGCCAGUUCAACAUUCAGUUAUUCCGAUAACAGAAUUCUCAAAAGAUGUUUCUUCUCCCGUUAAUCCCGAUAAGUCCACAAUUUUUGGUACCCUGACUUCUUCAAUAUCUCAGGCACUGAAAUCCAAGUCCGCUGAAGACUAUUCUUUUCUUUUCGAUAGUGAUAAAGAAAACGUGAAAGAUUUUUUAUGCUCUGAUGGUGGAAAUAAAGUCUCUUCUAAAUCACUCGGUUACGACGUUGUCGAUGAUAUUAAAAGUAAAAAGUGCGACUUGUCUUCAGAGGCAAAGAAUAGUUACAACAAAAAUAGAGGAAAAUCAUUUGAGAAGGAAAUUUUACCUGUUAGUCUAUCCUUGCGCCGCGACUCUCCGCGUGGAGGGACCAAUAUAUGUGUCAGUAAUUCGUCCGAGCUCGACGUGCAUCGUAGGCUGACCGACGUCACACAGACGCCUAAGACUAUGUUGCAGGCCAAUAAAGCUAAUGUGGGAGCUCAAAUUCUCUGUGAUUCAUCCAAACCGCCAGGUUUUUUCCAUCAGGAUUCAAAGCAGACCGUACCUCAAAUUCACUGGACCCCGCCACAGCAGAAUCAGGCACCAAUUCAAGCUGGUCAACAUCAACACUCUAAUUUUAUUCAACCUUCCUCUGUUGGUAUCCAACCUUUCAUUCGAGUGCUUCGUUCGCCUCCGUCUCCUCGCAUAUCCCUAACCAAGGAUUCAGCGGCCUUCAGCAGAUCAAGAAACCGACGUCCACCAACUUCCUCACGAUUUCUCCAUCCAGGCUUUCAAAGUGAACGCGCGUUCACUACUUCUACUCCAGUGCCUCUUCAUCAAUAUCCAUCUCGUUAUUCAGAGGCUUUAUCCCCCAUUGUGGGGAAAAAAUUACAAACAAACAUAAAAUCAUCGGCACCCAAUAAACCACCCAGACAAAGCGACCGAAUUUUCCGAUCUCCUCUACGACAACUUCUUCGAUCGCCGCAAAAAAUUUCACCAGAUUGCCAUCGAGAGAACUCAGGAAAAUUUUGCGGAAAAGAGGAUGAAGAUGACAUUCUUAUGGGGCCCUCUCUCGAGGAAAUUAUCGGCUCGACGGAUCGAAUGUUGGCAACAUUUAGCGACUUUGAAGACUUCGAGUUGAUCGAUGCGAGCGAAAGCGACUCCGAGAUGGACGAGAGCGAGCAGCGUCGACGGCUCCUCAGUGACAAAUGGAAGCAGCUCUUCGACAAGUUUGAUCACGAGGGCUUCGGUGAGAUCCCGUGGCCGGAGUUCAGGCUUGUUCUCGAACACCCUGACUUCGUCGCGAACGUCAACGAACACAAACGAACUCAACUGCAGGCGCGCUGCCUCACUAACACCAGCAACAACGACAACAACAACGCAGCUACCAAAGUCAUCACAUGUCAAGAGUUCAUCAACAUUAUGACAGGCAAGAGGACUCGAUCCUUCAAAUGCGCCGUCCAUCAAACUGACGGAGAAGUGAACUCGCUCACCGACUUCCGUCUGCAACCUCCGUCAACUUCCCUUUUCGACAGGAUGGUACGCGUGAUAGCUGAGGAGUACCUCGUGGAGGAGCGUGACCGCAAGUACUAUGCGGACCACUACACCUGCUGGCCUCCUCCGGUCUUCAUACCAUUACUCACCAUCAUACAGUUGGCGGUGUUCCUGUACUACACAGUAACCGGGCAGCUGUCGCCCGACGCGGUCAUGCCGCUUGACGCUUCCUUCAUCUACCGUCCUGAUUGCCGCUCGCAAGUCUGGCGCUUCGUGCUGUAUUCUCUACUACAUGUUGGGUGGGUUCACUUGACGUUCAACCUGCUGGUGCAGCUGGUGGUGGGGCUGCCCCUCGAGAUGGUUCACGGGUCCAUGCGAAUAGGAACCAUCUACGUCGCUGGGGUACUGGCGGGUUCGCUGGGCACCUCCGUGUUUGACUCGCACGUGUACCUGGUGGGGGCCUCUGGUGGGGUGUACGCCCUCCUGGCUGCCCACCUCGCCAAUGUCCUCAUAAACUACCACAACAUGCAGCUGGGGGCGCUGCGCCUGCUCGGUGUUAUUGUUAUCGCAAGUGCGGACGUCUCGUACGCCAUCUACGACCGUUACGCCCGUCACUCAACGGGCCUCCCGGUGUCAUACUUGGCCCACAUCAUGGGUGCCGUGGCAGGCCUCACCAUAGGCCUAGUUGUCCUCAAGAAUUUCUCCCAGAAGCUGCACACGCAGCUCUGCUGGUGGAUCUGCCUCGGCCUCUACGGCGCCUGCUUUGCUUUCGCCAUCCUCUUCAACCUCCUGCACCCUUACCCAUACGACGGCCUAGUGCAGAGGUUUCCUUAAGACCUUACGACCUUUCGUUUCUAGUUACGUUAUCCUUACGACGUCCUAGUGCAGUGGUUUCGUUUCUAUUUACGGUACACAAAUAACUGUCUAGUGCAGUGGUUUCGUUUCUAGUUACGGUACCCAAAUGACUGUCUAGUGCAUAGGCUUCGUUUCUAGCUACGGUACUCAAAUGAUGGCCUAGUGCACUGGUUUCGUUUCUAGUUACGUUCACACGAAGCUAGCUUCGUAUUGUUGACUUUUUAGUCGUAAUAUAACCCGAGCCGGAACAGUGCGGAUGCUGUGAGUUUUCAUCGUAAUGCACGCAUCAAAAUUGGAAAAGCCUGAUUAUUCUAGGUGCUUGGUACCAAAGAUGGGAUUAUUGGAGGUCAGUAUGUCUUUUUUCAUGUCGUCUAUUGAUGAUUUGAUUAGGUCUAUUGAUGACCUAAUGAUUGUCGUCUAUUGAUGAUUAGGUCAUGUCGAGACGUCCUUCUGCUCCCGCGCUCCCGUUACUUUUGUUAUCAUUGUUGUCAGUGAAAUGGAUAUAUAUUUUUCUAUUUAUAACAAAAAUGAUAAGUAGAUUAUUUAAGUAAAUUUUAAAUCUUUCCUUUCGUGGUUUCCUUGUAAGAUUAUUUGUGCGGUGUGUUGUGCGAGGGUUACUUUGUAUAUCUCCUGCACAUACAUUGUGUUCCUUUGUGUUGAUUUCGUCGGUGUUACUGAGAUGUUAUUCUCUAUUUCUGUUCUUUCCAUUUUAUCUUUUAUGUUAAUUCUUUUAGCAGGUAUUGAUACUGAGGCUUCAACUUGGCUUGAAUUUACCUUUAUCAAUGCUCAUAUUUUUAACCUAUAUUUUUUUUUACUAAAUUUCGCGGUUUUCAAAGGCUAUUGCGUGGAACGAUGUAUGUGGUUAACACUAACAAUAACAUGCCUUUCGUACCUACGACCCAUAGCGCCUAUUACGCCCAUUGACCCACGGUUCUCAUAUCUUAUCCUCGGAGCAGCAGUUUUGAUUAUAUUAAAUUUGUUGCGUUUAUUUUGUGUCGCUGCCUCAAAUCCUUUUCUUCAUCUAUUCUGGAAGAAUUGAAUUGAAAAAUGAAAUUUAAAAUGGAAGAUUCAUUGGAUGGAAAUCCGAUGAAUCUUCUGUUUUACUUCUUCCGACUUCCCAUAAUCUUCCAAUGGGUGUAAUAAAACUGUGUAUUUUAUGCUAUUUAUUUUGUGCUCAUUCAAUUUUUUAUUUGGAAUGCAAUUGGACUCUCAAGUUUAUCGUGAUAAUUUCUUCCCUCGUUAAGCCUCUUUUUUUUUUUGUUAAAAACAUAGGUAUGUCGUUGGUUCUCAUUGAGCGUCAUUUAACACAAUGUUUCUGUAUUGACUUAAUUUGUUUUUGAAUUCGCUGCACUAAUUCAACUCACCGGUUUCGUUGCCUUAUUCGAAAAUUGAUUGCCCGUUAUUGGUUAGAUUCAUUUCUGUCGCACUUGCAGUUGCCUGGUUCUUAAAUAUGGUCUAAAUGAGCUGGAUUUCCUGUUUUUCAUUCAUUUUGCUUUAACUCACUAGCCCACAGUUGUCUUGUGCACCGGCUGUGUAUAUUUGUGUACCAAAUGUUUUUCCGAUUAUCGUGACGGUUUUGUGUGUGUGAAUGUGUAGGAAUGAAAAACGUUCCUCUGACUCGUACGCGGGAUGUUUUUUGUUGAAACUGAACCUGGCGAGUCACAAGAAGUGCCAUUUCCUGAUAUCGUGCCUGCCUCGCUACCAAAUCUUCUUGCUAUAUUUCAUGUAAUUAUCCAUUAAGUCUAAGUGUAAUCUAACGCCGCUCGAAUAACUCGCAUUCAUAUUUCUGUUUCUAACUAUUCACCGAAAAAACGACGCUGUGGAAUGGGCCGGAUUUUACAUUAUUACGCGUUUGUCAAAAAAUUAUCUCUUUUGUUGCACGUUUUAUUCGGAUUCGGAUAAAUGCACGGUUAUUAGGAAUUCAUUCAUUGUAAAAUAUUUCCUUAGAAGAUUCCGGAACUCGAACGUGAUUUAUCACGAUUGGGAAAUUGGAAAACUCGUUUAACAUUUAUUCGGCGUGUUUAAUAAGUAAAACAAAUACUAAUUUUAUUACGGAAUUGUGCACAUUACAGUUGAAGUGUGUAGCUCAAGCAGCAAGUGUACUUGUAAAGAAGAAUAAUCUAGUGGCCUUCUUUAGCGCUUGAUGUAUUAACUGCUAAGACUAGACUUAGUAGCUGCUAACCUAACGAACCAGUCCCCACAGUAGAGGUUGUAAAUCACGGCAGGUAAUCUUUAUAGUUAUUAUUGUCGUAAACUUAAAAUUGUUCGGCUGCGUGAACUGUUGAUGAUAUUGAGAACUGUCGUCUAUAACGUGAAACUACAGAUUUUCUUAGCCUAAUUUUCAAAAGUUGUAAACAUUUCUCCAAUUGUUUGGCUAUCUGCUUAACCUUGGUGUUUACGAAUUCUGAUUUUACAAUUCAUUCGUAAGAGAUAGAAUUUUUAUUUUAUUUCAUGUAAUCUACAUUUUAACUCCUACGACACUUUUUAAUGAUUGACGGUUGAAGCUGUACGUGCCAGUUUAAUUCAAGCUAGGCAAUGUAUGACUUAUUUGAGAACAUAUUGUAUUCCAAGCUCUACUUUCCCAAAUUUAAACUUAUUGCUUUCAUCUUGUUACUUUAUUGAUUUCAGAAUACAUUUGACUUUAUAUUAGUCGGCCGAAAAGAAUCUCGUUAACGAUUUAGCAUCAUUCCAUUUGUGCCCAUCUUUAUCUUAAUCUCUACUUAGGUUAUUCCAUUACGCAGUUAUCUGUUUUCCUUAUCAAUAACCAAUGCUUCUGCCGUAUCCGCUUCCCGCUUAUUUCUUCUCAUCAGUUCCUUCAUCUCACCUUUCUCUAAUUACAUAUUCCUCCAUUAAAUUUUCGUACUCGUUAAAAAUCUUUGGAUUAUGCUGAAUUGUCAUAUCAUUUGAACUGUCUGAAAUCAUUCCUCGCUGAAUAAUUUGUGUGGUCACGUCUUGAAAUUUCUGCUAUGCUUCUCGUCGUCGCACGCUAGUCACGAUGUCGAACUCUGCGUACGUCUGCAACUGAGCCCUCUUGUUCGCUUCUGGUUUCGUGCUCUUGCUUCUUAUUCCAAUGGGGAAAUUUAUACUAAAUGUUUACUGGGUUUCAUAGUUGGGGGACCCGAAAACGGGCACCAUGAUUCUUUUUGAACGGGGUAGUCUAUCUCACGUAAAAUUGUACUUGAUAGCAAUGGCUGCGCUGGUCACGUUGACUCUUAAGUAGACAGCGAAGCAGGCAUCGGCUUAAGUUAAGAAUUCGAUCUAGUCUUCUCAUUAAGCUUUAACGCGUCGUCGUUAAGUUGUACAUACGCUUACGUACGUCAAUACCGAAAUCCGUUUAUUUUUAUACGUUACGGCGAUGUCUAGUUUACGCAUAGUGGAGUCUUUUGAAGGCUUGAUUUUAUCCUAAUGAAUUUACAAAAGAAUAUCAUUUCCAAAUAAUUGAUGACAGUAGAAAUAGUAUCAUUCUACAUGAAAAUUUUGUGUAUUGAAAACCUAUCUUGUAUCGCAAAAUUGUAGAAAUGAGUAAAGAGAAUAAGCUGAAACUUGAUCUACUUGUCAUGCUUGAUUUUCUGUAUUUUGGUGCAGCAUAACUUCAAUAAAAUGAAGAACAUGAA